UCCAAACCUCUCUCUCUUCUCUCUUCCCUCUUCCCUCUUCCCUCUUCCCUCUUCCCUUUAAAUCUGCCAUUUCGUCCUUCGUUUGUGAUUUUUUGUUGAUUCAUGUUCACUUUCCGGAGAAUAGAGAGAGAGAGAAUCAGUGAGAAAAUACUUGACACCGUAGUGAGAGAAAACGCUGUGUAAUUUGUUCUUGCUGUUCUUCAGGAUUUUGCAUUAGGAGCUUCAAAGAAUUCAGUCGUCGCAAGAGGAAUCAGAGACGAUUUUAUAUAAAAUUGAUGGACAAAAAAAGUGGCUGGCUCUGAUUUUUCUAUUUCCACCAGAAACUUUUGAUAAACAACGGCAAAGAUUCCUUAGAUCUAUUGUUGAAGCCAUUCGCUGUUUUUGAGUUUUCAUUUCCAGUGAUUCGGACUUCGGAGGUUUGGUGCCGCUUGGCGUUUGAUAUUGCGGAUACGAGGACCUGCUCUAUAACUACGUCCAUCUACGACAGUCUCGAAGGGUUUCUCCUAUUUAUCUGUUAGCACCGUCUUGUGUGCGCUGGAUGGAACAUGGAUGAGCUAAGAUGCACGACGUAUUACAUCUUCAAGGAAUUUAUUUGCAGUAGAAUUGUCAUCUACUUUCUUGUGCAAGUUGGAAGAAAUUGCUGAUUAAUUGCCAUGGUCUGCGAGAUGGAGACUGAGGUUAUUGAAGCUAUGGACAUCGAAGCUGUUCCUUCUAUGUGGCCUGAGGACGUUGGACCAGAUGUUAGAAAGCAGUUCAACGUAGAAAGGCCAAGAGCAGAUCAAGAUAUGUUGGAAGAAGUUAACAUAAUAGAGGAACCGACAAUUGUUGAUUUCAAGAGACUUAUAGAGUUAACUAACUAUACUGAGAAAGGAUCUUCACAAUUACAAUACCUCGCAAAACAGUGGGAGUAUAAGCAAGCGAAUGCUGUGCGUCUCCUUAGAGAAGAACUUGACAUCCUCAGCAAGCAGAGGAAAGAAGUUGAGCUCAAGAAAUUGAAAAUAUUAGAGGAACAUCUUUUUGAGGAAGAAAGAUAUGCUGGUGAUAAACGUCCAAUUUCUAUUUUAGAAGAAUCUUGUGAUAUAUGGCAAGAUAUUCCAAGGAGGAAAACUGAUUUCGUCAUUCAAAGUAAGGGAGUUGAAAUUGAUGCAGCGUAUGAUACAUUGACAUACUGGAAGCAGCGAGCCAUAGAUCUGGAAAAACUGUUGGAAGCAAGCCUACAGCGCGAGCAGAUGCUUGCAGAGAAGCUCAGGGAAAACAUAAAAAAUGUUGAAAAGCAGUCCUCACCAGUUGAGGAGUUGUCACAGAUUCUGAAAAGAGCCGACAAUUUUUUGCAUUUUGUGCUGCAGAAUGCACCUGUGGUUUUUGGUCAUCAGGACAAAGAAAUGCGCUACCGAUUUAUCUACAAUCAUUUUCCAAGUUUGCAAGAAGAGGAUAUUAUAGGAAGAACAGACGUUGAGAUUUUUACUGGUGCUGGUGUUAAAGAAUCUCAAGAUUUCAAGAAAGAAGUGCUAGACAAAGGGCUACCUGCAAAGAGGGAGAUUCAGUUUGAUACGGAAUUAUUUGGGCUUAAGACCUUUUUGAUUUACGUUGAACCUGUCUUCAGCAAGGCUGGGGAAACAAUUGGAAUAAAUUAUGUGGGAAUGGACAUAACCGAUCAGGUUAAAAAACGAGAAAAGAUGGCAAAGCUUCGCGAGGAGAUUGCAGUACAAAAAGCCAAGGAGUCAGAGCUGAACAAAACAAUUCACAUCACGGAGGAGACAAUGCGAGCAAAGCAAAUGCUAGCAACCAUGUCACAUGAAAUUAGGUCUCCACUGUCUGGAGUGGUUAGUAUGGCUGAGAUUCUGUCCACCACGAAACUUGAUCGGGAGCAGCGACAUCUGUUGGAUGUUAUGCUGUCUUCAGGAGACUUGGUGCUUCAACUUAUAAACGAUAUCUUGGACCUUUCUAAGGUCGAGUCAGGAGUAAUGAAGUUGGAAGCUACAAAAUUCCGUCCAAGAGAGGUUGUGAAGCAUGUUCUGCAGACUGCUGCAGCAUCAUUGCGAAAAUUCUUAGUUUUGGAGGGACGUAUAGCAGAUGAUGUCCCUAUAGAGGUCAUCGGAGAUGUUCUUAGGAUUCGGCAAAUCCUCACCAACUUGAUCAGUAACGCAAUCAAGUUCACUCAUCAAGGAAAGGUUGGAAUUAACCUUUAUGUGCUACCCUAUCCACCCAUCGGAAAAGGAGAAGAAAGCCCCAAGAAAUCAACGGCUGAUAACUCAACAGUUCCGGUAAAUGGUUGGCAAGAAGGAACAUGUCUUCCAGCCCCUCAGAAUGACUUGCGUGGCCAGAAACACGGUGACAGAAAUCACUUGCAUUUUGAUGCACCAGGAACCCCUAGUAAAAGUGAAACCACACAGAAUGGAAAUAGAGAAAACGAAUCUUGUUCACCAGAAACAACGGUAUGGAUACGGUGUGAUGUUUUCGACACAGGAAUUGGAAUACCAGAGAAUGCAUUACCAACCCUUUUUAAGAAGUACAUGCAAGCUAGUGUCGAUCAUGCUCGCAAGUAUGGAGGGACUGGACUUGGACUGGCAAUAUGCAAACAGCUGGUUGAAUUGAUGGGUGGUCAUCUCACCGUUUCCAGCCGAGAGAACCAUGGAUCUACAUUUACAUUUGUUUUGCCAUACAAGGUUUCGACCACUUGCAGUCCUUCCGAUGAUUCCGAUGAUCUCUCCGACGACGAGUCCACAAAUGAUGAAAUGACCGAGGGCUUCUUCCAAUUCCAACCCCACAGUUUCAGUUCUCUAGCAUCUUCUAAUGGCACAAGGAUCAUCCCAAACUCAAUGUUACAUACAACUGGGUAUCACACCUCAACCAAACUCAAUGGAUUUUCUGAAGCUUCUUUUCCUAUUCCCACAAACAACAUCACACCACAAGAAACUGCUUCUCUUAGAGAUGUCCCUUAUGCCAAUGCUGCUGCGGUAACCUCAAGCGAAUCACAAUGUUCAUCGAGUCGGAUGAACUCAGAGCUUGAUAACGAAAACCAACCAGACACUAAUGCUCGGUCCCAAAAUGUUGGUGUGAAUUCAGUUCACAGAUCAGAAACAAUGAAGCAAGAAAAUGGAUUGGAAAAGCCAAGUAAUAAAAUUCUAAAAACAGAACAGGGGAAGGAGAGAUCCGAUGAUGGAAGUAACCAUUGCAGAAGUAGCAGUAGUAGUGGUUCUGAAGUCACAAUGGGAUUGGAACCCAGAAUUCUUCUUGUUGAGGAUAAUAAGACCAAUAUUAUGGUUACUCAAUCCAUGAUGAAGAAGUUUGGCCAAAAAAUCCACGUUGUAACUAACGGAAUUGAGGCUGUUCGUGCAGUUCAACGCCGUUCUUACGAUCUCAUUCUCAUGGAUGUAUUCAUGCCUGUUAUGGAUGGCCUUCAAGCUACAAGGUUAAUUCGUUCUUUUGAGGAAACAGGCAGCUGGGAGGCAGCUGUAAAUGCUGGAAUCCAGCCAACUACGCCUUAUUGGACUCCCUCCUCCAGCAGGAUACCCAUCGUUGCUAUGACGGCAAAUUCAAUGUCAGAAAGCGCUGAUGAGUGUUAUGAAAAUGGUAUGGACUCGUUCGUAUCAAAGCCAAUCUCCUUCCAGAAGUUGAAAGAAUGUCUGGAACGGUAUUUACCACAACCUCCCUUGUAAAUGUAUGGUUUGUUUUGAGAAAGGUAAUGGUAGAAACAGUUCAGUAGGAAAGUUUUGUAAUCUUCCCUUUACCUCUUUUCUUUCUUUUUUUUUUUUUUUGGGGUCAAGUAAUGUAAUCAUUGUAACAUAUCCUCUUACCCUUACCACCUGCCCAAUUUGUAAAUUGUACAGUAAAAGCUGUGGUUAAUUUCCAGAGAAAAUCUGUAAUAAAGUUAUCACAUUUUGCUUUCGUGAGAAUUAGCUAAAUCUUCACUUCAGUCAACAUGGACACUAAUCUUCUUCUUUAUGUUUCCUACUAAUUGGUGGGUGAUCGAGCUACCUUGAGAGUCUAACAUCUCAACUCAAUCAUGUUAAAACUUAAAACUCUAUUUAUUUGGCUCCAUAAAGAAUAUCUAGAGAAUUCAAAAUAUUACAACUUAAAACAGGUGUGAUAGUGACUCAAAAAAGUCCUGAAAUAUUUGGAAAAACAUGAGAUAUAUUUUAAUAAAUAACUUUCAGAAGCUUUUUGUUUAGCCUAAAUUCUAUUCCGUUCUAAAUGUUCCAGGAGGAAUGGACCAAGAGAUAGUACUAUAUCUUUCAAUAAAACAAACACACCUCAUAUAACAUAAAAUGGCCUCGAAUGAUGUAUCGUCUUAAU